AUGUCAGUUUUCCAAUCAUUAAAGGCAUCGAAGUUCAAAGCCCUAUGGAUCCUAGCUGCUUGGAUAGUGGUUUUCACCAUAUGGAUCGUUGGAUUCGCUGACCUUGAUCAAAAUACCAAACUUUCCGAUGAUUAUUUCGAUUCCCAACUUCAACAUGAUAAGUCAAAGAAGUCGCAAGACGUCAAAGUUGUCAAUGUUUUCCAGCAUUCAGGGAUCAAGAAAGUAGCCCAAUCCUUAGGUUAUUUCGACAAGAGAGAUAAAGAUGCCCAUUCCAAUGUGUACGAUCACAUUUUAUCCCGUCACGACUUCACUUCACUUUUACAAUUGAGUUUUGAGGAAAGAUGUGAUUUGUAUUUCAAGAAUUUAUAUUUAAAUGAUACAAAUUGGUUCUUGAACCCCCAUUCUGACUUAUCUGUGGAGAAUAGAAAUGAGUUUGUGUUUGAAGAGUACAGAAAGAAGAAAUUGGAUUCUUUAAAGGAGGAAUAUAUCAAUAAAUUGAAGGAAAAGUUUGAGAAAGAGAAGGAAGUAGAGGGGUCUGAAGAAUCCAAAGAGGAGUCCAAAGAAGAAUCUGACGAAUCCAAAGAAGAAUCUAAAGAAGAAUCGAAAGAAGAAUCGAAAGAAGAAUCGAAAGAAGAAUCAAAAGAAGAGCCUAAAGAAGAAUCUAACGAGCCUAAAGAACAAUCUAACGAGUCCAAAGAAGAUUCUAACGAGUCCAAAGAACAAUCUAACGAAAAUAGAAACAAAAGGAAAGAAAAGUUAACGGACGAUGAUUUAGAAAACUUCUUCAGAAAACUCAACUCUAAGGAUGAAUUAGAAGUUGAUGCUGUUCCUGAUGAUUUAGUAACUUCCGAUGAACUUGAAGCUAAGAUAAGGAAAGAAUAUGAUGAGUUUUGGGCCAAAAAUACCCAGAAAGAAACCACCAUGGUUAACUUUUUAUCACAUUUCAGGAUCUUUAACAAAUGUUAUAUCACCAAUGAUAUGGUGGAACAGAGACAAAACAUUGAUAAAUCUUUAGGUAUUGAGAAAUCUUUAAAUUUGCCGGCGAAGAAAUUCAAAUACACACCAGAAGAGAAACUCAUCGAUUUGAAAUCUGAUUGUAGUGAGAUUGAGUCAAGAGUUUAUAGAUGGUUGUCGUUUUCAUAUCCAAUUUAUGAGCGUUGGACAGGUCAUACGUCAGCCAAACCUCCAAAUAUGAAAGAAUUUGUUAAAGAUCCAUCGGUUUUCGAACCUUCAGACCCUGAUUCUUAUAAGACUUUCAAUCAUCCGAAAGCUAAGGAAAACUCAUGUUUCUUAAAUAAAUUCAAAAGUCAAUUGAAUGGUAAAGGUAUAGUCAUGAGUAUUGGAGAACAUCAUGUGGAUGAUACCGUUAAAUUGGUGAAAUUAUUAAGAGUGUUGGGUAACCAAUAUCCCAUUCAAAUUGCUUAUUAUGAUAAUCUUUCUCAAAAACUGAAAGAAAGAAUCAUCAAAGCUGCCAGAAUUGAUGCCAUAGAAUUACCUGACAGUUUUGAGAAAGUUAAGGGUGAAUUCCCUCAUCUUUCAGGUAGAAAACCAACAUUUCCUAAACAAGAAGUUUGGUUCGUUAAUACUUAUAAUGCCAUUCAACCCAAUUAUAGAAACAAAUUCGAUCAUUUCGCUAAUAAGUAUUUUGCAACCAUAUUCAACUCAUUCACAGAAUUCAUCAUUAUUGAUGCCGAUGUAGCAUUAUUGAAAAAGCCCGAAUAUUUCUUUAAAAUGGCUAACUAUGUUGAAAAGGGAGCUUAUUUCUUCAGAGAUAGAUCUAUUAAUGACAUUCGUCCUCAUAGUGAUUUGGUCUUUUUCCAAAAACUUAUGCCUUCAUUGUUAGAUUCUACCAUUUUUGAUAUUCCUGUGGUUACUGAAAAGACAUUGGAUUUGGAUUUUAUGCAAGGAGCAUAUCAUUAUGUUGAAUCUGGAGUGGUUGUCCUUAAUAGAAUGAAACAUUUCAAUUCUAUAUUAACUAUGGUUCAAUUGAAUUUCUUCCAUGCUAUGACUGAAAGAGUUCAUGGAGAUAAAGAAGUUUUCUGGUUAGCAUUUUCUGCUAAUGGUGAUGAAACGGUGGAAUUCAAUAAAUAUGCUGCAGCCUCAAUUGGACAAGUUACACCACUGAGUGAACGAUUAGGUAAAGAUGGUAAAGAAUUACAAAGUAAAGAAAUUUGUGGUAAUCAUCCCGGACAUAUUAGUGGUGAAGACGAUAGAACACUUUUAUGGCUAAAUUCCGGAUUCCAAUUCUGUCCAAAAGAUGUUAAUUUCAGUGAUGAAGUCGGAAGAGGUAAAAUCUUCAAAACUUUUGGUCCUGGUGACGAAGAAAAAUUAGAACUGAUGUAUAAGGCGAGAGUCCAUAUAACCCAUGCAGUUGUUCCUCCCUAUAAUGCUGAGCUGCGUCUUGAUGACAAUUCAGAACCUGACAAAGGUUGGUACUAUCCAGGUAUUUACUGUGGAUAUUAUACAUGGUGUGGAUACUCCAGAAUUGGAGGUACUUAUAAUGAUAAAGACACUGUGAUGUAUGGGACAUUCAUCGAGUAUUCAGAAGAAGAAACUGCUGUCCAUGACUUCCUUGGUGAUGUUUGGAUGGCAGUUUAA